AUGGAUAGGAGUAAUUGUGUCGGCGACUCGGACGGAAAGAGUCCCCGUAAUCCCGUCGGUUCCACGGAUGGGGGUCCGUCUUUCUUCACCCAACUUAACCGCGUACUAGAGCGGGCGCCUACUCGUGUGUGGAAGGAGCACGCAGACGACGACCUAAGACCGAUGAUCCCGCUGGAGAAGGAGGCGUUGGCAGCUUAA